UUUACAUGGAAUUGUGCCAGUUUGGCCGCGGGCAGUGUAAAAUCACUAACACAGCUGAUUGUUCAAGGUCGUCUGCUCAACGGUCUGGCCUUAGUUCGUCCACCUGGACAUCAUGCAAUGCACGCUGAAGCGUGUGGUUAUUGCAUUUUUAACAAUGUGGCUGUCGCAGCCGCUUCCCUGUUGGCCUCCCCACCGAAUGGACUCAGUGCUAGUUUGCCCAGUUCGAUUGCACAAUUGGUCGAUCGUCCCCGAUCUUGUAGAAUUCGUGUUUCACGCUACGGAAAUAGCGAAAGUGGACGGGUCGGUCUCGUGCCUCGAACCGGUCUCUCAGACAACGCUACGCAUACAAAUUCCAAGUCACCUGUCACGGUGUCUGCAACAGACACGUUGAAGUUAACGAGAGACGAAGUCACUGCCGGUUCAGGGUUGACACCGAUACUGGAGCGCAUUCUGAUCGUGGACUGGGAUGUACAUCACGGUCAGGGGACACAGUAUGCUUUCUAUGAAGAUAAUCGCUCCAAAUACUCACAACAAGCAUAA